GUGAAGUUUGUUAAAGAUACAGUAUUAGUAGUUAAACUAGGUAAUUUAAAGGGUCUGAUACCUGCUCUACAUAUGGCUGAUAUUCCUUUAAAAAAUCCCAGUAAAAAAUUUACAGAAGGUGAUGAGUUAGAAUGCAGGGUUUUAUCAGUGGAUAUAAAGGAUAAUAAAGUUAUAUUAACGAACAAGAAAUCUCUUGUCAAUACUAAACUACCAACUAUACACGAUAAUAGUCAGAUACAUAAACAUCUAGAGAUAGAUGGAUUUAUAGCCAUGAUUAACAACAGAGGUGUACUGGUCGCAUUCUAUAAUAAUAUCAAGGGUUGGGUACCUCUCUCUGAACUUAGUGAAGAAAAGAUUGAACAGCCUGAGAAGGUGUUUUAUUUGGGUCAAGUUGUACGAUGUCGAGUGAAGAAUUAUGAUGAAGAAACUAAUAAGAUAGUUUUAUCAUUUAGAAAAGGUCCUCGACAAAAGGAUCGAAAGUUAAAAGAGAGAGAUACAUCAGUACCUGAUGAUUUUGAAGCAGGAAAGAUUGUUGAGUGUAAAAUAAAGAGUAAAAGACAAGAGUUAAUGAUAGUAUCUGACACAUCAACCGGUAAAGACGCCAUCUUGUAUAAAGCUCAUUUAGCCGAUUUUGAUGAUUUGUGUGAUGUAUUAUGGGAAUCUUUACAAGAAGGAGAUAUCUUAGAGCGGGUUGUACAUUUUAGAUGUACCAAUAAAAUUAUUGUAUCCAUGAAACCAUCUUUAUUAAAACAGACAGAAAAUGACAUUAUACCAACAGAUUUUACAGAAAUAUCCAAAGAUAUGAUAUUACCAGCUGUAGUCAAGAAUAUAGUAGAGUAUGGAAUAUUCUUUACAUUAACUGGUGGAUUAGGUGGUCUCAUUCCAAUGAAGGUAGCGUCAGAUAAUUAUUUACCGUAUGAAGAAAUUACCAACUAUAUCCAUGUUGGUCAGAGUAUAGUAGUUAGAGUUACCUACCUUGAUACAGAUAAGAGAACAUUUGUUGGGUCCAUGUUAACCAGACAUUGUUUUCCCCGAUCAUCAGAUAAAGCAGCCAUAUUGAUGAAAUUAUAUUUAGAAAAUAAAGAAAUGGUUACUAAAGUAUUGAGUGCUGGUCAAUCUAUGGGAGGUUUAUUAUCUAAGAUGAAACAGAUACCAGUAGGAUCAGUAGUAACAGCUGUAGUAACUGAUAUAACUACCGAUGGUAUAUCAUGUAAUAUGUCUAAUGGUUUAUCAGCUUUUAUAAAUCAUCAUAUGUUAUAUGAUAUAAAACCAGUAGUAGGAGAUAAAGUAUUGGGUGUCGUAUUAUCUAUAGAUAUGAUAAAACAACGAAUAGAUCUCUCAUUAGAUCAAUCUAUAGUAGCAGCCAUGAAAAACAGUGAAACCGAAGAUCAAAUUCAACAGUUAAAUGUUGAUGAGAAUAUACCAGCUGAAGUUCUACAAGUUAAUUCUAAUUAUUAUAUGGUAUCUUUACGAGGUAAAGCUCUAGGUUCAAUGGCAUACGUUCCCACUAAACAUACUAUAAAUUGUAUAAAUGAAUUAGAUUUAUAUCCAGUUAAACAGAAUAUUCAUGUUAAAAUACACAGUGUAUAUAAUGAAAAUUUGAUAGCUUUGACACAUUUACAUCAAAUCAAAUCAUCAACACCAAGUAAAAGUAAAGAUAAAAAGAAUAAAUUAUAUUUAUCUAUUGGUGGUGUUUAUAAAGCGAAAGUAAAACAGAUACAUCCUACUAUCAUGUAUCUAGAUAUAGAAGGAAAACCUGGUCGAGUUCACUGUACAAAUAUGGUGGAUACUAUACAAGAUGGCCAUCAUCCGUUCAGUGAUUAUCAAGUUGGAAAAGAAAUAAUGGUGAGAAUAACAGGACAUUCUAAGAUGCCCAAAAAAGAAGAGAAAGUGGCGGAAUGUACUGCUAGACCCAGUCAAUUAAAGGGCAGGUUAGAGAAAUCUAGUAGAAGUUUUCCAUUAAAGAGUAAUAGAAGAGUAUUUAUCGAUAAGAUUGAUAAAGAAAAUGUUUUAGUUGACAUAACUUCACAAAGGACAGGAAUAACUUCUAUAUUUGAUUUAUCAGAUGAUUUAAUGAUAUUAGAAAACCUGAAAAGCCAUUUUAAGAAAGGUCAAGGUUAUAAUGGGGAGGUAAUUGGUUGUCGAGGAAGAUCGAAAAUAGUCUUUACAUUUACAGGUCGAAGAGAAAAGGCAUCUGAAGGAGAAACAACAAAAUGUUAUAUAACUGAUAUUGAUUCAGAAUCUAAAGAGUUAAAAUUAUCGUUACCAGCACGUCAUACGGCUGUCGUUAAACUUUCUACUGAUAUAAAAAAAUAUCAUAAAGGACAGUGGUUGUGGUGUCAAGUUACAUCGGUUGAUGAUACGGAAAAAAAAUGUUCUGUUACUCUCAAAAAAUCACGUGGAUGGAAAACAGAUAAAUAAUAACGUGGAUAUAAAUAUACAAAUUGCAGGUUGGUCCGUGGAUACUUACCACUUCAUCAUGUGGAAGGAAAACAUAAAAAAUAAUAUCUAUAUUUAAUAUAUCAGUGGUCCGUUGAUACCACUUCAUUUAAUGGUUAACUGAUGGAGAAUAUUGGAUGGCUGAAGGUCAGCGUGUGAGCAUUGUAUCAUAAGGUCUGUCAUUGAGUCAACUGCCGUGGUUUUGAUUCCCCACUUGUACGUGACAAGGAGUAGGGUCACCUGUUCAACCUCGUGGGUUUUCUUCAGGUCCUUCGGUUUCCUCCCAUUGCUAAUGACCCCUACACACUAGUGAAUUAUUGAAAUAAAAUUGAACCAUAGGUUAGUCCCGAAAUGACCUAGUUUGUGUCAAGUGGACGUUAAACCCCAUUUCUCUCUCAUAUGAUAAAAUUUAUGUACAAUUAUUGUCUUUUACUCUUGUUCAUGUCUCCUAGUUUCAUGUUAUAACUGAUUAAACAUUUUAUUGUAGAAAUAAAGUA